UAUACCUAGAGCAGCCGGGGGAGAGAUAUCAAAACAGUUGCGCUGGAGAGCACUGAAGAAUGGUGGAGUAUCACUCAAACUAAAAAAAGAAUCAAAGGAAAGCAAAAUAACUGAAACAACCCUGGAGGAGCCAGAGAAAGAGACUACACAGCACGAAAGAGAAGAGCGAGAAGGAAAAGGAAGGAUACUGAAGCAAUGAAGAAGAGCAUGUGGCCAAGAUGAGCUGUGCUCAGGCUGGACCGGAGGAGAGCUCCGCUAAUGCCAGCUCCAAUACAAACACCAGCCUCAACAGCACCACCAAUGAUGAGCUGGAAUGCAAAAUCUGCUACCAGCGCUACAAUGCACAUAGCCGCAAGCCCAAGAUUUUGGACUGCCUGCAUCGCGUGUGCGCCAGGUGCCUCAAUAAGAUCCUGGACAUGGGGGACGGCUCAAGCUCCAUCAACUGCCCUUUCUGUCGCCACGAGACGCAGGUCAGCGAGUAUGAAGUGGCUGGGUUGCCAGACGACUCAAACAUCAUGUCUCGUCUGGCUGUGCGGGACAAGUCCUGGAGCUCGGACCACAGUAAGGAGGUAGUGCUGACACCCAAGAGCCUGUCCUCCAAUGAGAGUCCAUCCCACGACUCCUCCAACUGCCUGGUCAUCACCAUCAUGGAGGUGCAACGGGACCAGCAGCGCUCACCCAGCCAAAAUGCCAGCUCUGACUACUACGGUGACCACAGUCUGGACUCAGUCUCUGUAGCAUCUAACAGCGGUGCAGUGGAUCAAGACGCGCUGUCCAAGUUCUGCAAUCACGUGCCGCGAGUCUUGGUGUGGCUGCUGGGCUUUUUCUAUUUUGGUUCGCUGCCGCUUGGCAUCUACUUGCUGGUGAUCCAGAGAGUGACUCUAGGAAUUGUGUGUGUGAGUCUAGUGCCGUCCAGUCUCACAGUCUGUCUGGUCUACGGCUUCUGCCAGUGUCUGUGCCAAGGCAUGUGUGACUGCUCCAACAGGGGAUGACUGGUACAAAACAGGCCAGUGAAAAUCAUAGGCUACAUCAUCGCACCAUACAGACAGGAGGUAAAAAUAUACUCUAGACAUCUGAAUCUCCUUGCUGCAAAUCAAAUGCAAUUUGUACCAUCUUGCUAUGAAGGGAUGUGUACAAACAGCUGUGAUAAAGAAGACGGCUUAAGCAUUAAAGAGGAAGGUCAGUCUGGAGGUAACGCUAUUAGCUUAACACACACACCCUUCGAGCUCAUUCUAAAGUUAAAAAGCUGACCUUAGAACUGUUCUCCAUGCAGAGCAGAUGAUGAUGCACGAGUGGGAGUUUAUCAAAGUGGAUGGACUUUGUGUACAGCCAGGCAGAAUGGAUGGGCCAUAAAGAAUAAAGUUUUAUUGUGGUUGAUUUUCAUCGCUGUGAAAUAAAAACUGCGUGCCCUGAGUCUCAAUGAAAAGGCUCCAUGAGCAGCACUGAUACAGGUUAAGUCUGGACUAGUCUGUAUGGUUAAAGACUCCUGCUGUAGGUAUUACAAAGUGAAAAGGUGGGUAACCACUGAGUUAAGAAUGGGCCUUUAAAUAAAUAAAGAGAUUUGCUCUAUGCAUCUAUGGAAAUCAUAACUAUAACCAAUGUCACACUACACACUACAGUUCUUCUCUCUCUUUCUCACUGACAUCAGGAUGUGAAAAUGUCCCAUUGAGAUCUAAUGUACUGAAACAAAUUGAAAUGGUCUUCUUGGUUGAGCUGAAACAAUGAAAACUCUCCUGGAAUUCAAUAACGGAGCACAAACAGUCCAUAUAACACUGCAUGUGCUAGUGCUGAGUGCAGGGAAGGGGGGUAUAUGCUAUUGCACAAGAUGAGUGGAAGAUGUUAUCUAAACUCAAUGACACUUGGCCUAUAGCUAGAAGCAUGUGAAGAGAGUGCCAUUUUCUGCACAACUGUAAAUCUCAUGGCUACAGUUGAGGUGAUGUAGUCAGAGAAAAAGCUCAUCAAAAUCUGUGUUCUUUUUGCUUAUCCAUAGGUGUUUCUAUAACCUUUGCUCUGAAUCUUCACCUAAACCUUAACCUUUAUUUAAAAUCCAUAUCUUUAAAGGUAACUUUGACACCGACAAGCACAGCGGCUCUGCAAUCCUUCACUCAAGCC